GCAGCCAGCUCCUGUCGUCGGGGCGAUAGAGAAACUUGUCAGAAACUGGGAAGCAUAUCUGGGGAAAAUCUUCGGAAUGGAUAAAUAUAUUGUGCUAGCGGUCUUCACCGCUUUCUGGCUGCUCUUUGCCGUGGGCGGUUGGCUGGUGGCCAUGCGAUACGAGGACAAAGGAGUCAUCCGAUGCUGCGUUGUACUGACAGCUGCCUGCUGCUAUCUCGUCUGGCUGGUCACUUUCCUAAUGCAGCUGAAUCCUUUGAUGGGGCCACGGGCCGACCAAAUGGUAAUCUACGCCAUCAUGAGCUACUGGGAGAACUCCUUCAUUCAUUCGGAACCCGAUCCUUAAAAAUAUAUUUAUUUAUGAAU